AUGAAGACCUGCGACAGGGAGUCCUAUCAGCUGAGAGCAGCAUAUCAAAAUGCCAUGCCUGACGCUCUAGUGGCAGGAGAGCGACUGCGUGUAGCCAUGGGCAUGGAACACCAGGCUUUUGACGGUCACGGACAGCUUGUCGUCCUCCCCUGGCAUAUGCCUCUACCUAGAGAACUCCAACGUGGAAUUCGGCCUACACCUCGGUAUCUCAGCACAGCUAUCGAGAGUGUCGGUACUGGACGCGAGAUAAGCAUGAUGCCAUGCAAAGGAGCUCAACUUGGAGCACUUCCACAACGCAACAAGAGAAGAACCGACCCAUCUAAUCAACUCGAGCGUGCUCUCCACAACAAGAGCCUCGCCCAGCAUCUCUCUGUUCCUACCGUCCCCAACAGCGCAAUGCCAGCUCCUCUUCAAAGCAAAGACAAAAACCUGCCUCUGCUCCUCGCCAAGACGAGAGUUCCACUCAAGACCAACGAGGUGAUGGACAACGUGCUCAAGCGCAAGCUGGCUCAAGUCAAGCUUCCUCCAGCCCCCAAAGAUCAGCCUCUGAGCGGUACAGUGCCCAAUCUUUCCAAGCAGCCAGCUUUCCAACACAGAAUUCGCAAGUCCGGACCUGCUUCCCGUACCGUCGAUAUGGCAGAUGUGCAGAAGAAGUCUUGUAACCCAAAGCCGGUCGAGUGUGAAGAAAAGUCCGAAUCACCCUCGCCUCCUCGUCGUCGCUCCAUGCCACCUAUCGAAGCAGUUCUGGCCCACGGUUUCAGGAAUUUGAACCUCGUUCGCCCUCUUGAGAACAGCACUCCACGCUCACAUGCCUUUCAACCAUGGACAAAUCUUGCUUUUAGCCACAGAAUCUUGUCUCCCACGCCAGCUUUCCUACUCAACAUGACUCCUUUUCAGUACAAUGACAGCGAAGAUACAUACUACUGGAAGUCCUCACUGCCUAUGUUGUUGUCCUACCAUCUUGCCAACCCAGCAACUCUGAUCGAAGAAACGCUUGUUCAAAGUCUGACCUUCCAUCUCCCGCCACCAACCCCAAGACUGUCUCUCGCUCCAGUGGGCAACAGAAAGCAACCCAACAGAACAUCAAGACAACCCCACUACGCAACCGAAGGCUCAGAAACCAAUACCGAAAUCCGAAUGAUCAGAAUGAUUCUACCUCCCCUGCUGCAAGCCAACAAACCCAGCGAUCCCGAGCUUCCCUUUACAGAUUGGCUGCUCAUCUGCCUCAGCGACAACACUUCCACUGCUCCCCCUACCAAUACUAGAAUCUUGCGAUCCACGACAAAGGCGAAUAGAUACCCAUACCUUCUUCUCGCUAUCCCCACCCACGCAAUCUCUGAGACUCAUUUUGUGGCAAAGAGUCCGGUGCUGAAUGCAGACAAGAAGCAUCAGACUGUUACUACAGAGUUGAGGUUUACUGGUAGAGGAAGACUACCUUUGAUGUUUGGUGUAGGAAGGGAGCCAGGUUUUAUCGAUACGUGGGUCAAGGGGUUUGGCAUGGGAACGGCAAGGUUGGAGGUUACGGUUGCGAAGGGUGUGAGGCCUUGUUGGCUGUAA